AUGGCAACUCCACAGACAAAGGACGACAACAAGAUUCCCGAAACGACUAGCUAUCCUGACGCGACUGACCAUGCCGCCGGCACCAGCUACGUAUACGAUGAGGGCGCUGUCGAGAAUGUUGACGAGGCCUACCUCCGCGCCUCGAAGUCGACGAAAUUCUACAGAGGCGUGUUGUUCCAGAUGAUCCUUUUUGGAGCACUGUCCUUUGUCGGUCCUGCAAUGUCCGACGCCAUCUCCAACCUUGGAGGUGGUGGCCUCUCGACCCCAUACCUGGCCAACUUGGCGACUGCCCUCAGCUACAUGGCCGGCUGUCUGAUCACCGUCUUUGGCGGGCCUCUGAUCAACAAGAUAGGAAUCAAGUGGUCUUGUAUGAUCGCCGCCGUCUCCAUGCCACUUGCUGGUUCGGCCUACUACGUGAGCGCGAAGUAUUCGAUCGACUGGUACCUUCUCUUUGCAAGAGUACGUUACGAUCCUUACCAUGCUUCAUCCAUCAUGUUGUUGUUGUUGUUGUUGUUGUAUUUAACGCCGUGGCGGCCGGGCUAG